AUGGAGCGUUUCAAUCAAGUCGCAGUGUCGAAUGACAAGAAGUAUGCCAACGUUGGAGCCGGAACUCGCUGGGUCGAUGUCUACAAGGGUGUCGAGAAAUCUGGUGUCAGUGUUGUUGGAGGCAGAAUGGCUCCAGUCGGUGUUCCGGGACUCGUUCUUGGUGGCGGGAUCUCGUUCUUCUCGAACAAGCUGGGAUGGGCAUGCGACAACGUUGCUAGCUAUGAGGUUGUGACUGCGUCUGGUCUCGUUGUCACCGCAAGCCCAACUCAGUUCGCUGAUCUGUACUGGGCUCUUCGCGGUGGCGGUAACAACUUUGGUAUAGUUACUAACUUCAAGCUCAACGCCUUUCCCCUUGGCAAGAUGUGGGGUGGCCAGCGCAUUUUCACAGAGAAUAACUUCCCAGCCGUCCUCGAUGCUAUCUACAAAUUCGCUACUGUCGGCUCUUCGAAGGAUACCGACGCUGCCGAGAUCGUAUCAUUUGGCAACUACCCAGGGAUGGGCAAGAUCGCGAUCGUUCAGACUCAUUACGCCCAGCCCAUUGCCAAUGCCUCUGUCUUUGAUGAUAUCAACGCUCUUACGCCUGUCAUGGACGACACGGGAAUUGGCUACCUCAGCGACCUUACUAUAAAGAUGAAUGGUGGAUCACCGAACGACACACUCGGCUCCCUCCAAACCCAAUGGGAUGCCACAUUCAAGGUCGAUCGCGAGCUAUUCAGCUUCCUCGUGAACACCUUCUACAGCCUCAUCCCAGGCGUACAAGAUCUUCAAGGCGCAUUCCCAACAAUCUCAAUCCAGGCUAUCACUGAAGGCCAAUUGAAGGGUAUGCAGAAGAACGGUGGCAACGCCCUUGGUCUUACGCCCGCUAAAGGCCCUAUCUUUAUCAUGAACAUGAGUGCAUCAUUCGCCAACGCAGCUGAUGAAGCAACUAUCUUGAAGUUCCUAUCUACGAUCAUCAAGAAGGUCAAGGCAGAGGCAAAAGCCAAAGGCGUGGACAAUGACUACAUCUACAUGAACUACGCCUCCCAAUUCAUGGAUCCGAUCGCUAGUUACGGAGCGGCGAAUGUUGAGAGACUGGUCGGUGUGAGCAAAAAGUACGACCCCGCUCAAGUCUUCCAGAACUUGCAUCCCGGCCAUUUCAAAUUGAGCAAGGGAGCCCCGAAUCCGAACAUGCCAUAA